CCUUUCCAGAACUUAUACUUCCUCGCCAGUAACCGACCAAACAACUCUAUUCAAGAUGCAUCUUAUGUACACUCUGGACGCGGAGGGAAAGCGGGUGUAUACCCUCAAGAAAGUUACCCCUGAGGGAAAGGUUACCAAGAGCGCUCAUCCUGCUCGCUUCUCGCCCGAUGACAAGUACUCUCGCCACCGUGUGACCUUGAAGAGGAGAUUUGGUCUCCUCCUAACCCAGCAGAAGGAUUUGCAAACCUCUGAGCUGUAGAGUGCGAAAUCAUGGGAUAAACCAGGUUGUUUUAUAGGUGCUGUUUGGAAAUCAUGUUCUUUUGGCGAAUGGUGUUACGUGCGGACAUCUAAAUGAGACGUUUUCGGGGGGCCUCUUUAAUGCCUACCACUUGCAUGAGGGAUUCCAAAAAGUAAUGCUCAUACUCGGUCAUAAUAGUCCAGCCUCUCGUAUAGAGAAGACAAC